UUUUACCUUGAGUUGCGUGUUAGUACAUAUAUGAUUUUAAUAUAUAAAUUUUAAAUAAUGUUGGUUGUUUAGUUUUUAACUUUAAAAAUUUUAAGAAUUACUAUUUUAUUUUUACAUGUUAAUUUAUAUUGUGAAACUGUCGGUAUCUCCACAACUUUUCAAUUAAAUAGAAAGUUCCAAUCAAACAGGAUACCGCGUGUGCUUACUGCUCAUCAAGACAAUGAAUAAUAGGAGUUAUCAAACUAUAUAUAUAUAUAUAUUAGACUGCUUCAUUUUGAGGUCAUGAAAAAAUUUUAAGUACCAUGGAGUGUUAUCUGCUGCGUUGACCCUUAUUUUAUUAGUAGAAUUUUUUUUUUUUUUAAUUUUGACCAUUUUUAGGGGUUGCUCAAAUGCCUCAAAAGUCAUAUUUUAGGCUUUUUUACCCUUUUUUAAGCCCAUUUUUCGCACGUUUGAGCAAGUACUAAAACUCAAAAAAAUUGAAUUUUUUUUUUUCUAGAGUUUUUUCUAAGUUAGAAUAAAAAAAUUAAAAUGCAUGGUAAUUUUAUUUUAUUGAAAUAAUUUGUGUAAAUUUAUCUACAAAAACGCAAAGUUAUGCAAUUGUUGCACUUCGCGUUAAUUUAAAAAUGUUGUGUAUUUGCUUAAACAUGUUGUGCAAAUUACUUAACAAAAACGAUAUUUAAUUUUGAUUUAAAAACGCGGGAAAUAAAUAUAGAUUACUCUUAUGAUAUACUUACUCCAUAUACUAAAUAAAGCUAUUUACUACCGAUUUAAUCAUGUCAGGGAAAAGUAAGAAAAAAGUUGACACACAUUUUUUGGUAAGGGAAUCCAGGUCAUCCUUACCAAAAGACAAGUUUGCUACAAAGCAAGAGGUUUUGCAAUACUUCCUGCAUUUGAAGGAGAAGUACCCAAAACAAAAAGAAAGUAGAAUUAUCCACUGUCCAUUGACAAAAAACUUUGAAAUCAGCUGCCAUAAUGAAAAACAUAUUUGCUGCACUCUUUCAAAGUUAAUUACACCUUGGUUGAAGGGUGGAUUUCAGAUUUUACAAUUACAGACAAUUAGGUAGGUAUCAGACUGUAUAUGUUUUUUUUAUUUAUAUAUUAUUACUUAUUAGCGGAAAAUAUUAAUAUAACUAAUGUCUGCUGUUAAAUAAGUUAAUUAACAGAAAUAGGUGUGUUGUAAAAUAUACCGAACCUAUAAAUCACAUUUUUUAGUAUAAAGAUAGGGAAGCUGAUCCAAACCUGGAAACUGUUAAAAAAAAACAAAGCAAGACAAACUUUAUCAGAGAUUGAAAAAAGGAUGAGGUUUUUAACUCAGAUGAAAAGUAUCUUUUGGAUUGCACCUGAGCUUGAUACUCUGGUUGCAAUCAUUAAAGCUGAUAGGAAACGAAAAGAUCAAGACAAGACUGAAGAUAUUGCAUUUUUAUUAGACCAAUUAGGAGAUAGAAAAACUAGAAUAGGUGGAAUCGGUACAAGGUACCUUUACUCUGUAAACAGGAGUUUAUCCAAAAUUAAAAGGAAAUCAAAUUUGCAUGAAACCAUGUCAGAGAGUGAAUUCAGCUCAAAUGGAUCGGAGAAAGAUGAAGGUAAUGAUGAUUUUUCAUACCCAGAUCCAGAGUUAAAGAAAAAAGUCAAAAAAACUAAUACUGUUAUGCUUCCAAAAGAUAUUCUCAAGAGAACUGCUGAUACUGCUGUUGGGGAAGGAAUAAGUCAUAGGCAGCAUGCUUCCAUGAUUAAUUGUAUAAUCGCGAAAUCGGGUUGAAAUGUAGCUGAAUUUAAAUCUUCAACCUCUACAGCAUUACGCGCUGCAGAUAAGGUCAUUCAUGAUGAAUCAAAGAGGAUCAAGGAUGAUUUAAGAAGUUUAAGAAAAAUCAAUAAGAACAUUUUAGUUCAACUCCAUUUUGAUGGAAAAGUAUGUCAUGAAUAUACUGAUGGGAAAAAAUUGGAACAAGAUCGAUUAGCAAUAUUAAUAAACGCUAACAAGGAAACGCACUUGUUGGGAAUUCCACCCAUUUCUUCUGGAACUGGCAAAAAUCAAAAAAAUGCAAUCAGAGAUAUCUUAAAUAGCUUUAACCUUACAGACAAUAUACAAGCUGUAACAUUUGAUACUAGCAGAAUCAACGCUGGAAAAAAAAAUGGAGCUGUAUCUUUACUGGUAAAUGAAGUCUUUCAACGACCAGUUCUAUCUAUUGCAUGCCGACAUCAUGUCAAUGAGCUACACAUAACACAUUUCUAGAAAAAUUAUCAAAGUAGCAUUACUUCUGGACCAGAUAAUCUGCUUUUUAAAACUUUAAAAUCAGCAUGGAAUGAUCUUGACGCAGACAACCAGGUUUUGAGAAGAUUGACUAUUCCAGAGGAAACAUGGCUUGGUCAUCAAAAGCAUGAAAGCAUAACGUUCUGCAGAAAUAUUAUCGCCAGUGGGUCUCUAAAAAAGGAUGGGGCUACAAGGAAGGACUACAUUGAGCUGGCAGAGCUUACACUUAUGGUGCUUUCUGAGGACAGGUAUAAAUUUCGUACUCCCGGAGCAGUCCACCAUGCCCGCUUUAUGGCAAAAGGUAUCUACUACCUAAAACUCCAACUUAUGAUGGAUGCUAUACCUAGUCUGGAAAAAUGGCUGAAGCAUGAAAUUACUGAAGUGGCAACUUUUGUCUCUGUUUUCUAUACUACCUGGUUUCUCAAAGCUGAACUAUCUGCUGCUGCUCCGAAUCAGGAUAUGAGAGCGCUUUGGCAAAUGAAUAGGUUUAAGGAGUUCAAUUUGAUUGGGGCAGAAUCAGUCAUUAAAUCUAUCAAACGCCACACAUGGUUUCUGGACCCUUACCUUAUUGUACUAGCUCUAGCUGAUGAAAAAUGUAAAGAAAGAGGUGAUAUUGCUCAAAAACUAUACAGCUUUGAAUUUCAUAGUAUGGAUGAAUAUCCGUUAGCCCGAAUAAGUGCUAACAUAGAGGUCCUCAAUUCUUUAGACUUCAGUGGACCGAAGCCUCCCAGCUUAGUUCAUUUGGUCACAGAAAAUUCGUGGCUAUUGUUCCUUAUGAUAGGCCAAAGUAAAAGUGACUGUCAAUGGAUGAAAACCUCUCCAGAAUAUUGGACUUGCAACGAUUUCUACUUAAAAUUUCAGGAGGCAGUUUUUAAUCUUUCAGUUGUUAAUGAUUGCUCGGAAAAAUUCGUUAAACUCAUAAAAGACAAAAUUGAUAUUGCCCGAAAAGAAGAGAAAAGACAGGAUUCACUUUUAUUUUUGCAUAAUUACAAAAGGAAGUAUGGAGGAAAAACUAAGAAAUCCAAGAAAAACAAAAAAAUAAACAAUAUAAAAAUAUAACAUAACAUUUUUAAAAAAUAAUUAUAAACUUUAUAGAAAUUUAAUUAUAAAGAAAUUUGUAAAACAAAAUUGCUAGACGUUUUAUUCAAUAUAAUUAGAUUUUUUUCGUUUCAUGUAAUUUAAUGAAGUUUCUUGCAAUAUAAUAAAGUUCAUAUAGACCUUUAAUGCUAUAUAUAGAUGUUUUAUGCAACAUAGUUAGGUUUUUUUUUCCAAAUGGCUUAACAUAUACAUAAAGAUGCGUAAUAUUCGGUUAUUAAUGCGUAAUAUUCGGUUAAAAUCUGCAUAACUUUGCGUUUUUGUAGAUAAAUUUACACAAAUUAUUU